AUGAGGUUGUUACUGUUUCUGGCGCUGAUCACGCUCUGCGCCGUCGCCGCCAAUGCGGGUUCAGCCCGUACGCAGCUGCUGCGCAUACACCAGGUGACGCGCGAGGAGUACAACGAGCUGCUCAAGCUGACCAGGGGCAAGCCGCAGGUGUCGGAGUCGCGUCUGUUGCGCAGCCCGCUGAGCGGCCUGGCCAGCAGCUACAUACCCUCGUUCUUCUUCGAGACAAACGACAAGCCGAGCACAACCACAAAGGGUUACCCGUUGUGCGUGGGCGGUGGACAUGGUCAUGGCAAUGGCAAUGGACAUGGCAAUGGGAAUGGCAACGGCAGCGGCAACAAGGAUCGUCCCAUUGUCAACUGCAUUGUGGUCAUCAAGGGCAACAAAAAUGAUGAUGAUAACAAUGGUGGUCACCAACAUCCGCACCCGAAUCCCACUCCGAAUCCCAACCCCAAUCCGAAUCCGAAUCCCAAUCCGAACCCCAAUCCCCAUCCUCAUCCCCAUCCCCAUCCCCAUCCCCAUCCUCAUCCACAUCCUCGUCCGCAUCCACAUCCCAGUUAUCCACUUUAUCCACCAUUCUACAGCGGUUACCCAUGGGGUUAUUAUCCCGGCUGGUACUUGCCACCACCACCACCACCACCACCGCCACCACCACCACCGCCAAGAUGCGAUCCCGAAAGAGAUCCCGACUGCGAAUAG